AGACAGAGAGUGUGAUAAAGCCUCACCCUGAUUCAGCCAAUGAAAAACUUGUAUUAUAUUGCUUUUGAUUAACUCAUCACAGUCCCACCCCACACAUUCCUUAUCCCUUCCUUCUAACCCAAACCUGCAUCAACAAAACUCCUUCAAAUCACAUCAAACACAUACACAAAAACACAAACACUUCUCUUCAACCCUCAGACAAAAAUGGCCACAAAUUCUCUCCAUUACUCCAUCCACCACCAUUCCCUCCUCAAACGCCACCACAACAACAACCCUUCAGAAACUCCUCCCCCCACAUCACUCUUCCUCAAACCCUCCACACCAACCUUAACUCUCUCCCACCACACUCUUUCUACUAACUCUCAUAUCACUUUCUUUUCCCUCUCCCAAACCACACCCUCUUCAUCCUCCUCCACCUCCCAAACCAGCCCCUCCUUUGACCUCCUCCGCCACCACCUCUCCUCCCAAAACUUCCAGCUAGCUGAUGAAGAGACCCGCCGUCUCCUCAUCGUGCUUGCUGGAGAACCAGCUCAGAAGCGCGGCUAUGUCUUCUUCUCUGAGGUGCAGUUUAUAUCCGGGAGCGACCUCUUGACCAUUGACACCCUUUGGAGGGAGCACAGUGGAAACAAAUUCGGGUACAGUGUGCAGAAAAAGAUACUGGAGAAGGCCAAUGGGGACUUCACCAAGUUCUUCAUCAAAGUGGGGUGGAUGAAGAAGCUUGAUACUGAGAUGGAGCAGUACAACUACAGGUCUUUCCCUUCUGAGUUCAUCUGGGAGCUCAAUGAGGACACCCCAGAGGGACACUUGCCUCUCACAAACGCUCUCAGAGGGACACAGUUACUCAAUAACGUUCUCAACCACCCUGCUUUUGUUAAUACUGACAAAGAACGUGAUGGAAAAGAUGAUGCUGAGAACAGGGACAAGGGGGCACUCGCAGGAUCAAAGGAUAAUAGUUCAUCUCCGAAGACAUUGUCUAAGAGGGUCUUUAAACCGGAUUAUAGCUUCUGAGUGCACACAGGAUGUACUUUAAUUUGGACUUAUAGUAAUUAUUAAUUUAUCAACCAGUGCAGAUGGAUGAUACUUCACUGUUUUUUCUUCUCUUGUUUCGCUUCUUCAUUUUCCAUCAUGUCAGUCUUUAAAGAUAAAGAUUCUGCCUUUGUAAUUGGGCUAACCGCGUUUUACAAACUCUUGAACCGAAGGUUCAUUUGUUUGGUUGUGUGGCAUUCACUGUUACACUCGAAAAUAUGACAACAAUUGCUAACGUUGUUGUUA